GUCAAAAGACGACAACACUUUUUAAAAAGUCAAAGUUGUUCAUCGUCGUAUUUUUAUAGUAAAUUUUAUUUUAUUCGCAUUGUGUAUGGUUUAAAAUGUUUCCACAUUCAGUUGAAUAUUGUUGAAGCUUUCUAACAAUACAGUUGGUGUUAAAAUUGCCAAAAAUAUUCUGUUUAAUAACUAGAGUCCGAGACAUGAAAGAUGAAUAACAGCUCUGUUUCCGAACCUGAAUAUUAUCUUUCACAGCUACAUUGCUCAAAGGAUGCCCUUACAGACUAUUACGGAUGGUUCAUGCAAUUUCUAUUAGCUGUUCUAGCUUUUACUUGUUUAAUAGGCAAAAGAUUUUGUGAGCCUCGUUAUGCAAGAAGACCAUGGCUGAUCUGGUUCUAUGACACCUCGAAACAAGGACUAGGAGCCCUCAUUAUCCACGCUGCUAAUGUCUGGCUCUCACCACACCUCACUGGAAAUCCUUGCACAUGGUAUAUAGUGAACUUUAUGUUGGAUUCGACACUGGGCCUGCUCAUCAUUUGGGCUGGCAUCAGAAUGGCACAGCAUUGUGCCAGAGUAUAUGAUGUACCACUUAUCAACUUUGGGGAAUAUGGUAAGCCGCCGAUGUGCGCUGCGUGGAUAUGCCAGUGCAUCCUGUACGCAGCGCUGGCGACGUUCGCUAAGUCUGUGCUGGCGCUGGUGCUGCGUGUGCCGGCCGUGGUCGCCGUCCUCUCCACGCUGCGGCUGUCGCCGGUCACCGAUCCCAAGCUGGAGGUCGCCGUUGUUAUGCUCAUCAUUCCAUUCUUUGUCAAUAUUUUAAUAUUCUGGGUGACGGAUAACUUCCUGAUGUAUCACCCUCGAGGAGUCAGCUCUAAAAUAAAGACGAAGGUGAGAUACCAGUCCAUCAAGAAAGAGAAGUCAGGGUCAGACGAGGAGGAGCAUUCGGCGGACGAACGUUUACUAGGCGCGAGCGUAUGACCCUUCAUACGGCCCACUGUACUUUGGGCGUAACCAUAAUCUCUAGAUAGUCUACUGAUAUUUGCUCUUGCUAUGGUAGGAAUGUGUUUUAAUAUUUUUUCUUUAUCAUCAUCAUUAUUGACAGCCUUCUUUUUCACACAGCUGGGAAUAGUUCUCUCUUUAUGAACGCCUUAAAUCUCGGUCUUGUGCCUUACGAAACCAGGUUUUUUUAUAAUUGCACGGAGUUACAAAAAAAAUCAACAAAACAGUCCACCAUUUGUACAUAUGUACAUUUGUACAUAUGGUUAUGGUCAUACCGGAUGCCGUUAAGUUCACUUACGGCAUACGGCAUGACCAUAAUCAGUCAACCAUUAGACCAAACAGAUAAGGUAAGUAAUUUUUUUAUCGACUUUAAACAUGCAGUGAUUGCAAAGUGGUCGAUACAACAAAACCAGAGUCUAACUUGAAAGCAAGACUCGAUUUGCAAUAGCAUAAAAAUAUAAUGUUAUUCAAAAUUGUGUGAUAAGAAACAUAUAAAACUUUUAUAAAAAUGUAAAAAUAUUUGUUAUUUUCGCCAAACAAGAUGUUGUUCAUUCGAUUACUGAUAUUGUGUAUGGAAAAAUUCCAUUAUAAUAUGGUUUAUGGAAUUGAUUCAGAAUGUAUAUCCUGGAUUCCAUAUAUUCAUUUCCACAAUUUCAUUUUAUUGAAAUGAAAUAUUUGAACUCUUUGUAACUACAUUAAAAAUGUAAAUGAAAUCUGUUUUUAAAAUAGCGAGAGCAAAUAAACAGUAUUUACAAAUACAUAUUAAUAAAAUCAUCAAAUAGGCACCAUUUUUAUUAAGCAUAUGUUGCAAUUUGUCACAGUUUACCAAACAUUUUAUGCAACGUGUGCUUAAAGUAAUUGGGUAUUUAUAGUGUGGUAGUUAUAUUAACCACACUUAAGGUUAAUAUAUUAUGAAAGUCAUUCAAAUUUUAAUUUACACUGGAUUUGUAUAUAUUUUUUAUUUUUUUUUAAUGGAAUAGAAUUUGUACCCAUUUAAUUAUAAAGAUAUUUUUUUAUUUAUAAAACACCAAUAGUUGAUCUAAAUUUUGUAAAUCUUUUUGAAUGUUGUAAAUAUAUGAGAAUUGAAUAAUAAAAGUAAAAUGAUGUAAGAAUUUGACGAAAGCAAGCUUUGUAAAAUUCGGCGCGCCGAUUUAAAAAAAAAAGCAAAGAAUGAGUGCUUUAUUUGCAUCACAUGCAUUAGUCAUUACUUGUAAGCAUCGAGACGUUAGGAAAAUACUCAAAAGCAUUUGCAGUGAUUCUUACCGUAUAAAUUUAUCUACGAUGGAAUUGAUUAAGUUUGUACGUGUAAUGUAAAGCUAGUAGGGUAUUUUGUACAAAAUUUGCCAUUUUUCAUUCAGAUGUAGGUUAAAAUUAAAUAUUUUUGUAUGUUUCAUUUUGAAAAUGAAAUUAUUUAUAACGUUCCUAAAUGGGUGUUAGUACUUAGACCAUCUACAGGCAGUGCCAUGCGUUUUAUUUUUGAAAUGACAUCGAAUUAUGACUGCUCAAGUCAAGGAAUACACGGAUCUUCCAUUAUUAACUUUUAUUUAUUUAUGCCAAUUUUUUUAUGUCCUUAACGCAAUUAUUGCAACGCCUAAAUGGUCUGUGUGCAACUCUAAUCAUUGCAAGUAGUAAUUGUCUUAAUAACAUUCCAUCUCGUCACGAAAACGCCUUCCAAUCUCAAUACUUAUACAUAUUCUGUGUAAAUAUUACAUCGGUUAUAUUAUUAUUUAUGGAAAUUUGGUUGCUAUUACAAUGCUUAAUUGAUCUGACUGUAUACAAUUAUACUAGAAAUGUCGAGGGUGUUGCAAAACCUGUCACCUGCUUAAGAAAAUUAUUAUUGUGAUUUAAUGUAAAUAUUAAAUUAAGGACAAGUUUUAUAAAAACUGAAGUGUAUAAUAAUAUAUCGACCUGUGCUAUAUUUGUGCAUCUGUUUAUUGUUUGUGCGAAUAUAAUUCACAUGUGUUCA